CUAUUUUCCAAUUUUGAUGCUGUGUUUUAUGAAAUCGGAGCUUUCUCAAAUGGGCAGGUGCGCCUCCUUUGGUCUUACUGAUCUACCGCAGGAUUGCAUCGCCGCCAUCAUUUCCUUCACUUCCCCUCGGGAUGCUUGUCGCUUGUCGCUUGUUUCAACUACCUUGAAAUCGGUUUCUGAAUCCGACGCCGUUUGGGAGAGCUUCUUGCCCUCCGAAUACCGGGCUUCCCUUCCAUCGUCGAUCUGUUGCCCUUCCGAGAAACAGCUUUAUCUUAGACUCUCUGAAAUUCCUCUCCUCAUCCAUGGCGGCCGAAAGAGUCUUCAAUUGGAAAGAGGGAGUGGCAAGAAAAUUUACAUGUUAUCUGCCAGGGAUCUCUCCAUUAUAUGGGGUGACACUCCUACUUAUUGGAGAUGGAUUUCAAUGCCCGAGUCCAGGUUUGAAGAGGUAGCAGAGCUUAUGAACGUAUGUUGGUUCGAAGUCCGUGGGAAGAUUGCAAUUUCCUUGCUUUCACCCAUGACGCACUACAAGGCUUACCUUGUGUUCAAGCUAACCACUGGAGCUUAUGGGCUCGAUUUCCAACCUGCAGAGGUUAGUUUUGGCCUUGUUGGCACCGAAGGUUGUAAGAGAACUGUCUACUUGGAUAUAGAUAGACGCCUCCGCCAACGUUACCAGAUCGUACCAAGGCGAAUCAGGCUAUUCUCCCGUUCUCGUUUGCUCGGUUUUCAAACUUCGGUGCCUACACCUGCAGCAAGUGAUGAUGAUCAGUACCCAAAGGUUAGAGCAGAUGCGUGGUUGGAGAUCGAGUUGGGUGAGUUCUUCAAUGACGGGUGCACCAAUGGGGAACUGGAAAUGAGUGUUCUGGAGAUAAAAGGUGGUCAUUGGAAGGGUGGACUCAUUGUGCAGGGAAUCGAAUUCAGGCCUAAUAUCUGACUUUGAUGGACAACCGGGUAUGCUUGAAUUGUUUUCCGACUCUGUUCAUAUAUUGAGAGAGUUAAAACGUCGAACAUGCGGUGUUCAUCGUAUUCAUGUCGAACAUGAAUACUAUUUGAGAAAAAAAUGAGUUAACUGAGUAUUAGACUGCAGUGGUUAAGGUUGUGGUUUGAAGAGAACUUAAAGAAUCUGGCAGCACUUGUGCUACACAUCUCUCAAUC